GUGCCAGCGACAUCGAGCGGUUCCUGGGGGCCUUCUGCGACCAGAGAGACGCCGUGGUGGAGGCGGCAAGGAAGCUGCUGAGCGACGAGCGGGCCCCAGGGAGGCAGAAGCUGCUGGUGGAUCUCAUCCACAACCUGAACGAAAACAUCCUGGCCGAGGGCAAGGAGGAGGACGAGAAAUGGUUUGAAGGUCUAGAGUCUCGUUUUAAGAACAAGUCAAGCUACAUGCGGUACAGUUGUGAAAGCAGAAUACGAAGCUACAUGAAAGAGGUUAGUAGUUUUAUGUCAAAUGUUCAUCCUACGGCAAGAGACGCAUAUAAACGGAUAAUUGACCUGAUGUCAGACAAACUGAAGUCUGUGAAAUACAACGGGUGCUACUUUGACAGGAGGGAGGAGGAGGCGGUCCGCCUGUGCACUGCGGAGGGCUGGUUCUCCUGCCAGGGCCCCUUCGACAGAGCCGACUGCCCAUGUAAGCAUUCCAUCAACCCCUACAGUAACCGGGAAAGCAGAAUCCUCUUCGGUACCUGGAACCUCGACCACAUAAUAGAGAAGAAACGUGCUGUUGUGCCAGAACUGGCAGAAGCUGUCAAAACACGAGAUGGAAGAGAAGUGAACUGGGAAUACUUCUAUCAGCUGCUGUUUACCGUGGAUAAUUUGAAACUUGUACAUAUUGCUUGCCACAAGAAAACCAAUCAUAAUCUCAGCUGUGACAAAACUAAAAUUUACAGAAGAAGGAAGCAAAACCACGCGAUUUCAUAG